CCACAAAAAUCAUUAAAUUGCUAAAUCGAUCAAUUCCAUAAACAGUUCAAGAAGUGGAUAUGGAUGGCUCACAAAUAUCUCCUCUGCUAAGUGGUCUCGAUGAUCAUCAAUAUGAAGUGGACCAAGCGGUGGAAAGCCGGCCCACUGGAGGAUGGAGAUCUGCCAUUUACAUAAUCGGGGUCGAAGUUGCUGAGAGAUUCGCAUUCAAUGGCAUCUCAGGAAAUCUGAUCAUGUAUCUCACCGUUGUCCUGAACGAGUCGACUGUGUCUGCAGCGAAGAAUGUGAACAUUUGGAGCGGUGUAUCAACCCUACUUCCGUUGCUUGGAGCGUUCAUCGCCGACUCCUAUUUGGGCCGCUACCGGACCAUACUCAUUUCGUCGCUGAUUUAUCUCCUGGGACUUUCCUUGAUAACUAUAUCAGUGGCGAGGGUGAUUCCUCCUGAAUUUCGAGAAAUGCUCUUUUUCGUUUCACUGUAUAUGGUUGGCAUGGGACUAGGAGGACAUAAACCAUGCCUGCAAGCAUUCGGAGCUGAUCAAUUCGAUAAAGAUAGCGCAGAAGGGAGACGGGCCAAGAAUUCGUUCUUCAAUUGGUGGUAUUUUGGGAUAAGCAGCGGUGCUAGUGUGGCAAUGCUUACUGUAAUUUAUAUUCAAGACAAUCUGGGAUGGGCCAUUGGCUUCGGGAUUCCCACCAUUGCUAUGGCGUUUGCACUUUUACUCUUUCUCUUUGGAUCGAACACAUACACCUAUCUAAUACCAAGCGGACAGAGCCCAUUGACUCAAGUUGCCAAGGUCAUUGUUGCCGCAGCUCGUAAGUGGCAUCUUCCAUCAAGAAAAGAUUAUCGAGAUGGUGGCCGAUGUGUUCCUGUGGCUAAGGAAGUUAGUCCUGGGACCAAUCAAUUCAAAUUCUUGGACAAGGCUGCCAUUGUAGAUGACUUGGAUUCAUCUUGUUGUCCAAAUAGCUGGAGGUUAUGUACCCCAGCACAAGUCGAAGAAGUGAAACAUAUCAUGCGCCUAGUCCCCAUCUGGUCUUGUUGCUUGAUGUUCGCAGCUGUGUAUGCACAACCUGGCACAUUUUUCACCAAACAGUGUAGCACCACAAACAGGAAGAUCUUCUCAUCCUUUGAGGUGUCUCCUGCAUCCCUAGUAGUUUUUAUAAACCUAACAGCUAUUGCAUUUGUCCCUGUCUACGAUGGAAUCCUAGUGCCAAUCGCAAGAAGACUUACUGGAAUCCCCUCCGGCAUAACGAUGCUCCAAAGGAUUGGAAUCGGGAUGCUUUUCUCAGUGACUUCCAUGGUUGUAGCAGCAUUGGUAGAGAUGAGAAGACUUGGAAUUGCUAGAGAAUACGCGCCAUUCGAUCACCCAAAUGCGACCAUUCCUAUGAGCUUUUGGUGGUUGCUACCACAGUACAUUAUUUGCGGACUCGCGGACCUGUUUACGGUGGUGGGCUUGCAGGAAUUUUUCUAUGAUCAGAUGCCGCAUGGGAUGCGGAGCAUCGGAGCUGCAGCUUUUCUUAGCAUCUUUGGCAUCGGAAAUUUCCUGAGCAGUUUUAUCAUUUCGUUGGUCCAAGGUCUAAGACCAGAGUGGUUAACCAACGAUCUUAACAAUUCACAUUUACAUUACUACUAUUGGCUUCUUGCAGGUUUGAGUGUUUUUUGUUUAUGUUUUUAUAUUUGUUCAGCCAAGAGCUUUGUUUACAGGCAAACCUACCAUGGCCUUCCAUAGCGUGCAUUGAUUGGAUGGGUAUAGUUUGUUUUUCUAUUUACCUUAUAUAUUAAUGAAAU